UGGUAGUCUCUUUUGUAAAAUAGAAACUUAGUAAAUGAAAAGACAAUUUAGUAAAGGAUUUUAACUUUGCUUAAUGAAGUGAUUUUAUUUCUCAGCAAAAAUAUUUCUUGGGAUUUACUGCUUAAUGAAAUGGUUUUAUUUCUCAGCAAAAUAUUUCUUGGGAUUUACAGUAAACAGUCUGAAACACAACCAUACUCUUAGACCAUGUGACAGACAGCUUGUAUACUUGAUAGUAAAUUGAUAAAAUCAUUGUAAGUUAACAACAUGGCUGAUCAGGAAGGGUCCGAGCCUAUGGUGGAACAGGAUAAUGUAGAUAAGAAUUCUAAAAAGAAGUCUAGAUUUCUUAAACUGAAACCUCGUAAAGUCAGGAAGAGAGUAAAAAAGUUGGGAACCUGGGGUAAAGACAAUCUGCUAUUAACGUUGACAAUAGCCAGUGUGUUUGCAGGACUGAUUCUUGGGUUUUCUUUACGGCAAGCAGAACCUUCAGAGCAAGCCAUCCUACUUAUAUCAUUCCCAGGAGAUGUGUUAAUGAGGAUGUUAAAGUUAAUGAUUCUUCCUUUAAUUACCUCUUGUAUGAUAACAGGUUUGGCUUCCAUUGAUGCAAACACGAGUGGUAAAAUGGGCCUCAGAGCCAUAUGUUAUUAUUUUGGAACUACAUUUUGUGCCAUUAUAUUGGGAAUAGUGCUUGUAACAGCUAUUCACCCUGGUGAUGAAAAUUUACGACCAAAAGACUUAGGAGAUGGUAAAGGUGAUGACAGAGUUAGUUCCAUUGAUGCAUUCCUUGAUCUCAUAAGGAACGUAUUCCCAACUAACAUAGUACAAGCUUGCUUUGCUCAUGUCAGGACAGAAUAUAAAGAUGUUGUCAAGUUUCAAGAAGUAGACAAGAAGAUAUUGACAUCGGAUUAUGAUGCUUUGAAUUUGUCAUCUAAUGACGUCAACAAGACGCUUGGUCUGAUGCUGAAUGCUAAAGUAGUAAACAUAAGCCGAUACAACAUGUCUGAUGAUUACAACUACACACUUAUCAAAAUGAAAGUGCCAUAUAACAAGACUAUUCAGCAAUAUCCUUUUAGUAAUGGCAUCAAUGUAUUAGGUAUAAUUGCUUUUUUCACUGCAUUUGGAAUGAUGUUGAGUCAGAUGGGAGAGGAGGCACAAUUGAUGAUCAACUUCUUCACAAUACUCAAUGAGAUUAUCAUGAGAAUGGUUACUAUAGUGAUGUGGUAUUCUCCAGUAGGUAUCAUGUUCUUAGUUACGGGUAAAAUUUUAUCACUUGAGGACCCUGGAGCUGUCGGUGAAAGACUGGGAAUGUAUAUGGUGACGGUGCUAUCAGGAUUAUUUAUACAUGCUCUCGUUACUUUACCACUCAUUUAUUUCUUCUUUACGAGGAAGAAUCCAUUUGUAUUGUUCAAGGGAAUACUGCAAGCCUUUGUUACAGCUCUGGGAACUGGUUCCAGCUCUGCUACACUGCCAGUUACAUUCCGUUGUUUAGAGGAAAACUUGAAAGUUGAUCGACGUGUGACACGUUUCAUUCUGCCAAUUGGUGCCACUAUCAACAUGGAUGGCACAGCCUUGUAUGAAGCAGUGGCACCUAUUUUCAUUGCUCAGAUGAAUGGCAUUGAUCUCUCUUUUGGACAAAUCAUCAUUGUCAGCUUGACAGCCACUUGUGCCAGUAUUGGAGCUGCGAGUAUCCCUAGUGCUGGACUGGUUACCAUGUUGAUGGUUCUGACAGCUGUUAACUUACCUACUGAGGAUAUCAGCCUCAUUCUGGCUGUUGACUGGUUUCUAGACAGAAUUAGAACAGCCAUCAAUGUUUUAGGAGACAGCUAUGGUGCAGGAAUUGUAGCUCACUUAUCUCAAGCCGAGCUGGCAGCUGAUUUGAACCACGUACCUGACAUGAAUAUGGAACUAAACAUAAUUGAGGACGGAGAGAAAGAACCCAAAGACAAUUCAGACAACGAUAACGAUGAUAAUGAUCCCAAAGAUCCUGAUAAUGGGGGAGAAACCAUUUAUCCCAAUAUAAGUUAAUGACUUCUAGUAGUAAAUGUGUAUAUUUUUUGUAUAUUUUAUCAAUUGGAGGUGCUCUUCAUUUCAUGAGUCAUGUCACUGAAGUCAAUAUUAUGUCACUCUUGAAAUUUCAAGAGUUAUAUGAAAUUUUUUUUUGUAGCAAAGAAAUACAGAGUACAAUUUUAUAUCACUAGAAAUUUUGCCAGAAUCUAAUUCAACAGAGGAGGCCACUUUAUUUAUUUUUUCAGAUACUGUUUGGUGUUCUAAAAAAGUAAAAUAUAUAUAAAAUUAAUUGUGAAGUCAAUUAUUAAUUAAUUAAACAUCUAGAGAUAUCUUUAUUGGCUCUUUAAUGAAGAAUUUGGAAUCCUUAAAUAUUUCCCAAUGGGUAAAUAACAGAACACACAAUAUGGAGUUUAAACAACCGUUUUUUUUUUAUUGUAUAGGAGAAAAAACUAAAAUACAAAUGGCAUGUUAUAGCCAUGAAGUUUUAUUUGAUAUUUUAAGAUUUUGCUUUUAAUAUUUGUUAUAUUUUCUUUAUCUUAACUGCUAUAUCAAGUUUUUCAUUACCAUUUAGACUGUGUAUAAAAUACAAUUUAUUGUGUAAGUUUACUUCUUGUAAAUAAACAAAUGGUCAUCUCAUUGGUAACUUGAGGAUGCUUAUAAUGCUCUCUACAUUUUGAUAAAUAUAGAUAGAAGGCCAAAAUAGGUACAUUAUCAUUAGCGGUAGAAUGCAUUUUAAAAUUAAUCCCAAAUGAAACCUAUGUUAAAUGUAUCCAUGACAACUUUUAAUAGAAUUUUGUAAUAUGGAAUCUGCUGAUCUUCUGAAUGUAUUGAAUACAAAUUUGUAAUUGAGAAGUGGAAAGAAUUUUCUCAUGUUUCUAGAUAAUAUGGAAAUAUAAACAAUUUUUGUAUAGCCUGUGACAUAUUUGACCUGAAAUGCAAAUUUGCUAGUCCUGCAGCAGUGUUUGUCAAUUUUUUUUGUACAAAACUUUGCAUUUUAAUGGUAGAAGAGCUUGACAAUCCAUAUUUAUAUAAAGAUGCCUUAUGGUCACUAGUUUCCAUCUGGCAGAUGACCGUUGUCCUUAACCACAUUUUCAAGGUUCAUGAAUGCAAAAAGGAACCUAGUUUUUUUAUCAUUACAAUUUUCAUUAUGAGUUAUAGAACAACUGUAUUUGGUAUAUCGAAUAAUAGCAAGGCAUAAAUCUCAGUAACUUUAAGUUAAAAGUCAAAUAAAUUUUGUGUAAAGAAUCCUUGUAAGGUAUAUAUGUCUGUCUGGCAGAAAUCCUGUGACUGUGACCUCUUUUAUAGGGAUCAUUGAUCAUGUUAAAAAAAAAUUGUCUUAGCAGUAAGACUACCAACUAUAAACAAAAAUCCCACUAAAAAACUUCAGUUAUAAUCAUUAAAGCAGGCAAGACAUUUUAGCUUUUAAAUUAUAUAAUCAUCUCUAAAAUAAAAAAUGCUUUGAAGUAUUGUUUUCUUUUUACACAGACAAAAUAAAUGAUCACAAAAAAACUUCAUGUAUUUUAUCAUCUUAGCCAUUACAAUUAUCAAUUAUUCAUAGCAUUGUUCAUUAAUUAUAAAUUAUUUCUGUAAAAUAAAAAUGGGUAAAAAAUCCAAAGUUCAUCUUUCACAAGUCAAAUUGCAUUUAUCAGGUUAUAAUAAAGAAUUUUUUUAUAUACUUUUUUUUAAUGUGUAUUUGUUAUUUACAAAGUUUCCAUUGGUUGUAUAUGUAUAUAUAUUUUAAUACAGUUUCUUAAUAUGAAUUUCAAUGCUGGUCAAAUGUAUAUAAUUUUGUAAAUAGUUGUUUAACAUAAAGAUUUGUUUGAAAACAUAACAAACAGAAAAUUAAUGAUCAUGGUUGAAUUUUCUUCACGAGUGGUGAUUGUAUAAUUUAAAAAUUUCAAGAUUUAAAAAUAUUUCUGAAAUAGAUUUAGUGAAAUUCAUUUUCAUUUUUCAAUUUAAGUAAUUUUAGUAAUAAAUGUUAUAUAAAUUCAGAAAUUUUUGCAAUAUUUUGGAAAAUACCUUAAAUAAUUGCUUUUCUUUGUGAAAAAUGCAGCAUUGCAAGUAUGGUUUUCAGUAGAUUUUAAUUUUUUAGCGUUAUUUGCUGCGUUUUCUGAAAUACAUUAAUAUACCAUUGUUGUCUGUUGAUAUAUAAAAGUGUUAUAAAGUAUACACAAUAAUUUCUACAGUUACAUUAUUUGUGUUUGUAUGUAAAUAGAACUUUUAUUCAUAUAUUAAACUGUUGAACCAGUUUUGGAAUCUCAGUGUCAUUUUGUCAUAAUAUGAUGUACGGAAAAAUCAUUUUAUAUUUUUACAUUGGAGACUUUAUUAUACUAAAGAAUAUUUGUCAGAAUAGUUGUGCAUUUGUCCUUACAUUUUUAUCUUAGGGCUUUUAUUCAUUUUAUGAAGAAAUAUAUUCACUAUACAUUUUUGUUAUCAAUUUUUUGUUUAUGAAAUUUCUUUUAAAAUAAUUCUUUUAAUUUUAUCGCCAAAAUUUCAGGUCCAAACUGUAGUUAUUUUAAUCAAUACUCAUUCCCAGAAAUUACCAUUUAAACUAACCAUCAUUGAAAAGAACUAAGGUAACUGAUGUUAAGUGAAACUAUCCUAUUCUUUAGACUGCAAUGCAGUUAUCAGACAACAAUCAUGACAAUGUAAUUAUUAGACUACGAUCAUGACAGUUGAAGUAUUUUGACAGUUGCAAGGACUUAAAUUGUCAAAGGUUCAUGAAUUUUAAGUCUGUUGAACCAAUUUCAAUGUGGAGUGUUACUAGAUAAUAAUAUUCCUAGCUCCUUAACAAUUUAUUCAAAUCACGAUUGGCAAACUAAAACAUUAUUUUGACAACCUUGACACUUCAUUGAAGUAGUAUUCUAAAACUUAAAAUAAGAUCCCGACCACACUGAGUUUCAUUUCGUGACGUGACUGAAAUAAAUUUUUUUUAUGGAUAUAGUUGGGUAUCAAUGAGUCACAAAUUAAAAAAAAUGUUUAAUAUGUUUACCUUCUUUUGGUCCAUUUAUGUUUAUUUUAAGAGAAAUACAGGAUGGACAUUGUAUUUGUUAACCAGAUUUGAAGGCCAUAUUUUAUACUUCUUUGAAUGUUCAACAAGUUCAAUCUGGUCAUUGUGGAGGCAAAUUUUAAAACAGUAAUUUCAAUAUGGACAAGUUUGUAGGGCUAAACAAUUAAAAAAUGGAAGGAACUAAAUAGAUUGCUCCCUUAUAACAAUUGUAUAACUGAGACUACUAUAUAUGUAGAUUGUAAUUUAAUUUGUCAGGUUACUAGUUAAAGAUUUGAAUAAAAUACAUAAGUUCAUACAUUUUGUAAGUAGACUUCGAAUAAUAUCUUUUUAUUACAUACAAUAGUUAUUUAUGGAAAAGACAGAGAGUCCCAAAGUUAGUCACUUGACAAGCUGGCAAGUGGAAUUUCAAUUUGCCGAGUUGAAAUGAAAAGCUUCUCGCCAAUUUGCUGAGUAAGAAAAAAAAAGGUUUUACACACUGUGUUACAUGUAAAUCAGCAUAUGCUUUGUCUUUCCUUAAUGAGUACAAGAUAUCACUUUGAGGGAGAUCUUAUUGUCCAAAUCCUUGUUUUUAAGUAUUCUUUGUUUGUUUACAUCUUUCCUCCAUUAUCUGUUCCCUUGUCUUAUUGUCAUUUAUUAUAUAUUUGAAAAUAACAAAGUAUAUCAGUAUUUUAAUUGUAGACUCGUGUUUUCAACUUUUUUUUUUUUAUUCAUGGGAAAAAUAACAGAUUAUUGUUGUUUUCGAAACAACUAAUGUUGAUCUAUUUUCAAUGUCUAGAAGAACAAUCCUGUGUUUAAUUUUUUCAAUGAGAUCCAGAUGCUUUAUAUUUUAUAAACAAUUUCUGCAUUAUAGACUGAAUGGACAACCAAGAAUUUUUUGGUGUUGAAAGCAUUUAUCUGAACAGGAGUUUUCUGACCUUUUUAAGAUAUUUUUUGGUGUUCCAUAGCAACAUGAUUUAUUUAUACAAUUGAAAAACAUAAUAUUAUUAUUCUAAGGAAACCUUUUUACUGUGGGAGAAAAAGAUUAAAUAAAAACAUGACACAGAAUUCUUGGAAACUUAAUAUGUAAAUAAAUAUUUAGCUAUUUAGCCUUUAUGUUGUUCAAAUGCCCUAAAAUGUUGUAUCAUCCACAUGUCACCUUGUAACUUAAACUUUCAGUGGAAAUAAUAAUAAUGAUAUGUUAGAUUACAUACAUGUUUGUCUGUAACAAGGGCAAUAUGAAACCUAUGAAAUACAACUUGUUUUCACAGUAUAAACAAUCUAAUUGAUUGGACUUUUAAUUUAAAAUUUAUUCUCCAAUGUUUACAUUAUGUACCUCAUCAUUUUGUAUUUCUUGUAAAAUAUUAUGACAGGUAUAUCUUUUACUUUUUAGCUUAAACAAUUUAACAUUUUGAAGAGUAAUUCAAAUCAUUGUUGGUUAUAAACGGUGACUAAACUAACAUGUAACAAAAAUAUUUAGCCAAAAUUUCACAAACCAAGUGUACUAUCUGCAUAAAUAUCUUGGUUAUGCCUUCAUAAUUGAAUAAAAAGUACAGAAUGACUGCUGAGUUGUCUUAAUAGAUGACCCCAGAUGUUUUCAUAAAUGCUACAAGUUGUAUUUUUUGUAGACAGGCAAGUUGUAUCCAAUAAUAUCAGCCCCUAAAUUUACCUUUUGUUUGCUAUAUACAAAUGAAAUUGUGCAUACUUGUAUGUUUUGUACAGUAUAGUAUAUGUUUUGUACAAUCUAGAAUAUUUUUUGUACAAUCAUUUGAAAUACUCAACAUUGCUCUGUAAAUGGCUGAAAAAAGAAGUAUUAGUCGAUAAGACUAGAUAUCGAAUUUUCAUUUGUAAAAAUUUAACACUAUACCAGGGUUCUUUGUAUUACUGUACCUCUUUAUGUAGUUUUAAUAUUCAAUAAAAACAUUAUAAGUU